UAAUAUACCGGCAGUUUUUUUUUAUUCGUAGACUUAACAUAUUAAAAGCGACCAAAUGAUCUCCGUAUGGUUUCCAAGGGAACGCAAAGAAAGUAGGUCGUAUUAGAUAAGAACAGGGUGGACUCUAGGGCCUGGUUAUCAGCAGGCCUGACAUUUUCCGCGCUCUGUGCUAGCGGCAGACCAAGCGGAGCCCUUCCCUCACGGUGCUGAAGCUAUUACAGCAGAAAGAUGGCGGACGACCCCAGCGCGGCGGAUAGAAACGUGGAGAUAUGGAAAAUCAAAAAGCUGAUCAAAAGUUUGGAAGCUGCCCGCGGCAAUGGCACCAGCAUGAUCUCAUUGAUCAUUCCUCCAAAGGACCAGAUUUCCAGAGUAGCCAAGAUGUUGGCUGAUGAGUUUGGAACUGCUUCCAACAUCAAAAGUCGAGUUAACAGACUCUCAGUACUCGGGGCCAUCACCUCUGUACAGCAAAGACUAAAACUCUACAACAAAGUGCCACCAAAUGGUUUAGUUGUAUAUUGUGGCACAAUUGUGACAGAUGAAGGCAAGGAGAAAAAAGUCAAUAUCGACUUUGAGCCUUUUAAACCAAUCAACACCUCUUUGUACCUCUGCGAUAACAAAUUCCACACCGAGGCACUGACAGCCCUGCUCUCUGACGACAGUAAGUUUGGCUUUAUUGUGAUCGACGGAAGCGGGGCUCUCUUUGGCACGCUGCAGGGCAACACCCGAGAGGUGCUGCACAAGUUCACUGUGGACCUACCCAAGAAGCACGGCAGAGGAGGACAGUCAGCUCUGCGUUUUGCUCGUUUAAGAAUGGAAAAGAGACAUAACUACGUGAGGAAAGUGGCUGAAACCGCUGUCCAGCUCUUUGUGUCCAACGACAAAGUUAAUGUGGCAGGAAUGGUACUGGCUGGUUCUGCUGAUUUUAAGACUGAACUAAGUCAGUCUGACAUGUUUGACCCUAGGUUACAGGCUAAGGUUUUGAAGCUGGUUGACAUUUCUUAUGGAGGAGAAAACGGUUUCAACCAAGCUAUCGAGCUAUCGGCAGAAGUCCUUUCAAAUGUUAAGUUCAUCCAGGAGAAGAAGCUCAUAGGGCGGUACUUUGAUGAGAUCAGUCAGGAUACGGGGAAGUACUGUUUCGGGGUGGAGGACACGCUGAAAGCCCUGGAAAUGGGAGCAGUGGAGAUCCUCAUAGUUUAUGAGAACUUGGACACCAUGCGUUAUGUUCUACGCGUACAUGGGGCCGAAAGCAACGGCGCAGAGAAUGACGAGAAGGUUCUGUACUUGACGCCUGAACAAGAGAAGGACAAGUCACACUUCACAGACAAGGAGACGGGGCAGGAACACGAGCUGAUCGAGAGCAUGCCACUGCUGGAGUGGUUCGCAAACAACUACAAGAAGUUUGGAGCAACGCUGGAAAUCGUAACGGACAAGAGUCAGGAAGGGUCACAGUUUGUCAAGGGCUUUGGAGGCAUUGGGGGUAUCCUGCGGUACAGGGUGGAUUUCCAGGGCAUGGAGUACCAAGGAGAGGACGACGAGUUCUUUGAUUUGGAUGACUACUAGGUAGUCUCAGACUGAUAUUGGGAGAAUAAAAAAAGAAAGGAAUGAAUGAAGAAUUAAGGAAAGAAAAAUGCCACCUCUCUUGCAGCAAGUGAGAGGGGCAACCGUGUUGACCAUAUAUAUGACUGACACACCUUCCGAUUUAACUGUUGCAUACACAAACUUGCAAAAUACAUCUGUACACAACAAAAAGCUUCACAGAGGCUCAAGAGGAGCGAGAGUUUCCUUCAUCCAGAGAGGGAGAAAGCCCUUCAUGAAAAAAAAUCCCUGCCUUAGAGUGCUGGUUCCUUCCCCUUGUUGGAUUGGACUUGACUCACUUUGAUUCUUUUUUUUUUCUUUUUUUUUGCCCCUUCUCCCCUCCAUUUUGAACGAA